AUGGAUUCGGCGCCUGCGAGACAAUCUGCUCAGGAUCCACAGAAAUCCUGUGAAGCGAUAAAUUCUGGUGCGUAUUUGACUGGAGAAUCUAUUCCUGGCUUCGAAAUGAAGAUCACCGAUCCGAAUUCAUCAGUUGAAGCCGCGAAGAACAGAAUGCGACGGGUUCUUUUGGGAUGCGGCGGCGUAGACGGCGGUGGACGAGACUCGCAUCAACGGGUGGUGAGAAAGGUCAACCGGCAACCAGGAACAAGUGCUGGGGCGGCCGGCUCAGCGAGACUGGGGCUUCGUCUCCGACCGGGCGCUUUUCCACGUGCUGCUUUUCGUUCCGGUACUUUUCUCCUUAAACGCAUUUCCCGGGACCUCGCGGCGGCGGAACCAUUGGCAUGGAAAGAUUAG